UAUAAUUUUCUUGAUUAAUAAUUGAAGCGCUCCCUUUAAAUUAGGACACAACCUCCUCCUCCUUCCUUCGCCGCUUUGUGUCUCUGUCUCCUCCUCGAUUCAUUUCUCGUGUAAGUUAGCAAAGUUCGUAGCUUUCUCUUCCUCAAUGGCCACUCGUCUUCAGUUUGAGAACAACUGUGAAGUUGGUGUCUUUUCAAAACUCACCAACGCCUAUUGCUUAGUCGCUAUUGGAGGCUCUGAGAACUUCUACAGUGCUUUUGAGUCGGAGUUAGCUGAUGUUAUCCCUAUCGUUAAGACCUCUAUUGGUGGAACACGAAUCAUUGGUCGUCUCUGUGCUGGAAACAAGAAUGGCCUUCUUGUGCCUCAUACAACUACUGACCAAGAGCUUCAGCACUUGAGGAACAGUCUACCUGAUUCAGUUGUUGUCCAGAGAAUCGAGGAACGUCUGUCUGCUCUUGGAAACUGCAUUGCCUGCAAUGACCAUGUUGCUCUUGCUCACACCGAUCUUGACAAGGAAACUGAGGAGAUAAUAGCAGAUGUUCUCGGUGUUGAAGUUUUCCGUCAGACAAUUGCAGGCAACAUUCUUGUGGGCAGUUACUGUGCCUUGUCCAACAGAGGUGGAAUUGUCCAUCCUCACACCUCAGUGGAAGACUUGGACGAACUAUCAACACUUCUUCAAGUCCCUCUAGUUGCAGGAACCGUGAACCGUGGUAGUGAAGUCAUAGGCGCUGGUAUGACGGUUAAUGACUGGACUGCUUUCUGCGGGUCAGACACAACCGCAACAGAGCUCUCUGUUAUUGACAGCAUCUUCAAGCUAAGGGAAGCCCAGCCCAGCUCCAUUGUCGACGAGAUGAGGAAGUCUCUGAUCGAUACCUACGUUUAAAUUUUGCUUUGUUUGGAUGACAUUACACAAGAACAUCAUCCAACGAAUGUCGCAAUGCCAUAAAAUUUUCAUCUUUUUGUGGUCUCCUGAAUGAAACAUCUCUUUAUGUUUUGUUGAAUCUUAUCCAUGAAAAAGAAAAAUCAAACAAUCUUUUAA